AUGUGUGUUUGGGCAGAUGCCCGAAGUAGAGCUAUGUAUGAAUCAUUUGGAGAUGUGAUUACAUUUGACACAACAUACCUGACUAAUGCCUACAAGAUGCCCUUUGCACCGUUUGUAGGUGUGAAUCACCAUGGUCAGUCAAUCCUAUUCGGGUGCGGAUUGAUAUCUAAUGAGGAUGCACAUACCUUUGAGUGGUUGUUUAAGUCAUGGUUGAAGUGUAUGAAGGACCAAUCACCAAGUGCAAUCAUCACAGACCAAGACAAGGCAAUACAAAUUGCAAUUGCUAGAGUGUUUCCAGCGUCUAGGCAUCGCUUCUGCUUGUGGCACAUAGUGAAAAAACUUCUUGAGAAGUUUAGGUCACAUGCUCGAUAUGAUGAGAUUAAGAGUGCACUACAGAAAUGCGUGUAUGACUCUUUAAUUGAGCAUGAAUUUGAAGAAAGUUGGUCUGAUUUCCUCGACAUGUAUGAUUUGCAUGAGAAUGCAUGGUUGGGAUCACUAUAUAGUAACCGACAUUUUUGGGUGCCGGCCUACGUUAGAGACACAUUUUGGGCUGAAAUGUCAACUACACAACGGAGUGAAGGCAUGCAUGCAUUUUUCAAUGACUACAUUAACUCAAAGACCACUCUAAAGCAAUUUGUUGAUCAGUACGAUUCAGCUCUUAGGAUGAAGGUGGAGAAUGAAGCCAUUGCCAACUUCAAUUCAUUUAAUACUGUGAUUCCUUGCAUCAGUCGCUAUCCUCUUGAGGAGCAGUUUCAAAAAGUAUACACAAUUGCUAAGUUCAAAGAAGUACAAGAUGAAUUUCGAGGAUUUCUAUAUUUGACUACCUCGUAUUUCAGAUGCGUGGGUGGAAGAUACACGUACGUAGUAGCUGAUGAGGUUCGAGUGAGUCAUAACUUAAUAAAACAUGCAAAGUACAGUGUUUUGGUCGAUCAAGAUCCCCUGGAUGUUAAAUGCGGUUACAAGUUGUUUGAGUUUAGGGGCAUAUUAUGCAGACACACUCUUCGUAUAUUGGCUCUGCUAGGCAAAAGUACAGUACCAUCAAAAUACAUCUUGGAUUGGUGGAGGAAAGAUAUAAAGUGA